AUGGUACCAACGCCCUUUGCCAUUCUCCUUCUCGCUACGAUUUCUCAAGCUCAGACAACACAUAUGAUCGUGGUUGGUCUGGAAGGAAGUUUCUUCAACCCGCCAACUGUUUCUGCCAGACCUGGUGACACAAUCACAUUCGUUUUUGCUGGAGAAGCGCAUAUAGUAACACAGAGCACCUUUGAAGAGCCAUGCACACCGCUACCUGGUGGUUUCAAUUCCGGCUUUGCAGGUUGGGAAAGAAACCGAUCCUCAGGUCCACCUACCUGGAAUCUUUAUGUCGAAGACGCAACUGACCCUAUCUGGUUCUUCUGCCAGGCCAACCGGCCAGCAUCUCAUUGCUCUGCGUGCAUGGUCGGGGCAAUCAAUCCACCCAGUCAAGGGCGCUACGCGGAAUUCGCCAAUUUAGCUAAAACGGUGUCAGUCGUGCCCAGUGAAGCCAGCAGACCAUCAUUAACGGGGCUCGGAGCCUUCGCUACCGGUCCUCCUGCGAUUUCAUCGUCCAUUACGGCUCCUUCUCUAACAUCGGAGCCUAACCUUGCGCCAUCCGCGUUCUCCGAUGAUGCGCAUAUGGGGACAUCCUCGGAAUUGGGCAGUUCAAUUGCAAGCCCUCCCCAGUCUACAACACCUACCUCGGGCAUCCCCACCGAAAGUAUCAGCGUGAUUGUUGGGGGUGCUGUUGGUGGAGCCCUCGGAGUACUCAUCAUCAUUGCCUCGAUGUUUCUCUGUAUUCGGCAUCAGCGUUUGGCUCAAGAACGAUAUCUCGCUACCCUCAGUGCUCGGGUGGAGAAGGAACGGGAGCUAGAUGUGCACCCUUUCACAUAUGGUGUCGGCGGCGCUUCCCGGCAAAGUGAGCGUCAAUCCAGUAACCUGAAUGUCGCUCAGGGCGGGCUGUCGGGCGCCAUUCCCCUCCAACCCCUUCGGCGUCGUGCUACGACGAUCGGAAGUUCGAGUACCGUCGGCACCAUCGCUUCCACUGCCCCUAUCACCUCCAAUCUAGAACCCAACCCAUCUCCUACUUCGAACGAGAGUCACACCUCGGAUAGAAUUACCGAUGGCUUCAGGUUCCCGGUCCCGCAACCCAUACCGACAGGCAAGGGCGCUGCAUUCACUCCACCUCACCGCAGCUCUCGCCGGACAGAGCGGGGCACUGGCUCCGACACGGUCUCUCUCUUGUAUCCCAUUCGGACAGCCUCCCAGUCAUUGCCAGACGAUCCAUUUUCACGACAGCGUUGCUUGCACGUGAGCAAUCCCUCCCCGUCGCCGCAUAGAUCUACACUUGGAGUCACCCCAGAGCAGUACUGGAGCGCACAGAUGGGAGGAAAAGGAGCAGAUGCACCGCGGUACCCCUUUGGAUAUUCGAGCAGCCCGCCCAAUUACCUCGCGGCGACUGCUGGAAAUGGUUCACAGGGGUGGGUGGCAGACCAGGGCCGUCAACAUCUGUGA